AUGGAUUUCUGUGGAGGGAUUUAUUUGGGCGUUUCGGCAUUUGUCGCUCUUGCAACCGUAGCCCUGUCACAGACAUACGCAGACACCUUGGCUAUCUUUAAGGACAAGCUGGGCAACGAGACCUACAGCGUGGAUGUGAAUGUUAGCUUUGCGCUGUUGACUAUUGUGGAUGUUGAUGACGUGUCGCAGAGUUUCAACUGUAAUGGGUUUCUGGCGUUCGUCUGGAAGGAUGAGAUGUUGGCUUGGGACCCCGCCAAAUACGGAGGACAGACUAUGAUCCACCCACAGGCCAAGGAUAUUUGGAGGCCUAGGGUGAUUCUCGCCAACACGCUAGAAGACAGGGACAUCUUCGCCGAAAACAACGCGCCAAUUAUGCUGACAUCAGACGGAGUUAUACGGUGGUUUCCAGGCAGCACUUUCCCAACCUCUUGUGCUCUCAACAUGAUUAAGUAUCCCUUCGACAAACAGACAUGUUACAUUCAGUUAAUAGCAAUGGGCAACAUAGCAGACGAGCUUCAGUUUGUCGUGGCGCCUAAACCAGUUGAAAGCCAAUAUUACCUACCCAAUGGAGAAUGGGAAUUAGAAAACGCAACUGUAAAUGUUCUCAAUAUUACAGAUGGAGAAUACUGUCUAUCCAGUUUUGUGGUGACGUUUACUAUCAGGAGAAAUCCGGACGGCAUCUUGGUAAACAUAGUUCUACCCGUGGUGUUUCUGUCAUUUCUGAACCUGUGGGUGUUUGUCAUACCCGUGGAGUCCGGAGAAAAGAUCAGUUACGGAACGACCGUUCUGAUGGCUCUGUCCGUGUUCAUGACGACAAUGGGCGCUAUGCUGCCGGUCUCUUCCAACCAGAUACCUUCUGUGGUUAUCUACCUUUUCGUCCUGCUGAUUAUCUCCCUUCUCACGGUUAUCACAAGCAUCGUCAUAGUCUGUCUUCACCACAAAGAGGAGAAAGAAGCACAUCACAACAGAGCGAAGACCAACUUAAACAGAAUUACCAACAAAGUCAUAAUGGUGAAAGGAGCCACUAGUGCUCUGGAAAAUGCCAGUUUCACUACCAAGAACGCAAACAAAAUACGACCACUCGCAACACACGUUGACCAUUCAGAUCCGUAUGUGGAUCUGGCAAAAGACAGUAGACAGUCCAAUCUGCGGUCUCUGCCCAACAAAUACCGAAUCAUCGGGAAGUAUAUUGAUGUGGUAUCACUGGUAAUUUUCUUUGGCGCUUGGUUAGGUAUAACUUUGGGAUUUCUACUUGAAAUGUCUUCAAAAUAG